AUGGCCUCCAAAUUUCUGUGCCUCGCUCUGCUGGUGUCAGCGCGUGCUGAAGAUGCGGCGAAGGUAAAAGUCGAUUUCUUUGCGGAAGCUGGCUGUCCGUUUUGCCGGGAAGCCGUCGCAGGUCCCGUCAACAAGACCUUGUCAACACCCAGCGUGGCGGCUAUCAUGGACUUCGAGUUCUUUCCCUUCGGCAAUGCUUAUUUCGUCACCUCCGAAUGCAAAGGGGCCGGGGAGUAUGAUAUGACGGCGCGCAAGUGUUUCAACAAGAAGUGUGGAGCUGGAGCGUCCCAGCCGGCCCAGGAUUGCUUCACCGGAUCACUUGUUUGCCAACAUGGCAGCCAAGAGUGUGAUGCAAACCGGUACUUGGCCUGUGCGAAGAAAGUCGGCAAGUCUGUGCUGUCGUUUAUGUCGUUUACUCACUGUGUAGAAGCAAAGUACGACACCUUCUCGAAGGAUACAGUAGAAGCCUGUGCGGAUUCCAACCAGAUCGACAAGGCGGCGGUUCUCCACUGCUUUUCCAGCUCGGAGGGCGAUGCUGCCGUCAUCGCGCAGGCUAAGGCAACACCAGAGCACCCAGGCGUGCCCUUCCUUGUGGUGAACGGACAAUCUGUCGAUCAGCCCGAGAAUUUGCUGAAGGCAGUUUGCGAUGCAUACAAGGGCACACGACCUGAUGCGUGCCAAACGGCUGUGCUGUCUACACAGCACAUCUUUCUUGUGGCGUAG